UCCCUCAAGCGAAUCUCCAGCACCUUCGAUGACGCCUUUUCCGAUGCCGUUGGAGCCUUCGAUACCGUUGCCGAAACAGGAACUCAAGACGCCCAAGAUACUCAAGACGCGAAAGAGAUAGCAAUAGAGCAAGGUCACAAAUACUUGAAGUUCACUCCGCCCGUCUACGACUUUGCUCUGCUCGAUUAUAAUUUCCGCCAGGUAUCAGUAAGCUUGACCGCUGAUCUGCUGGGACUUUUCUUCACCGAGAAGUCAGCUUGGGUCAAGCCGACCGAGAACACAGAGUUGAUGUGCUACCGUCGCAAUAUCUUCCAGGUCUCGGGCAGUGUCGUGGUUCCGAGGGCCCUACGCAACAUCGUUACUGAGCAGGCGGAACAAAUCUCUAUCGUUUCUCAAGAACUAAUCAUAUCGGCAACAGAAUCUGCUGAGGGAAGUCCUACAAAGAUCAUCUGUGUUCCCUGGAAGACGCCGCCUAACGGAAACGCCGCUGUCGAGGAAAGGGCUGAGAAAGAACCUCCGUCAAUACCCUUGGAUUUAUCAAAUUCCUCAGACGCAGACUCAAAUUUCGCAACAUUUCCGUUUCAUUGGAAACGCUUGCAGUUUCGUAGCGCUACAGCCAACAACGGAAGAAGAAAAGAGCUACAACAGCAUUUCAUCGUUCAUCUCAAAGUUGUGGCCACGCUAGCAACAGGUGGCAAGGUCACAAUAUGCCAUACCAAAUCAAAUCCGAUUGUUGUGAGAGGUCGAAGUCCCAGGAACUUUCAGUCCAGGAAAGACAUUCUGCUCACCGGGAAUGGCACUCAUGCGAAGAAGCCUACUACGAGCACUCCAAAGCCACGCGCACCAUCGCAAGCAGACACUGCUCAUGCUCGGAAGCCGUCUCGCAGUAAUAUGGCCACGGUUCCCAGAAACGAAACUCCGGCUGUUGCAGCCUUCGACAAUUCCGACUUCCAGAUGCCCGCGCUUUUCAACAACACAUUUCAGCAAGGCGCAAUGACUGCGAUACCACCAACCGCAAGGAUUUCUGAACCCAAGGACUAUGCUGUCUCGACUCCUGAUCUAGUACGACAACCAUCAAAUAUGCCUGCGCCAGCGCGAGUGCCACUGAAGCUGUCCUUGACUGACGAGGAGGAACCCAAACAAUCUUCUAUGAGCCCGCCUAAAACCGGAAAUCUGGGUAAGCGUGGAGCAGCAGGUCGCGCUGCAAGUACCCCGUCUGCCCUAGCUCUACAGGUGGGAAGUAGCCCAGAUGAGAGUGCAGACUUGCUGUACGAGUACUUUCCUCUUAGUCUGGAUGACUGGCAACCACCUGUCGAUGCUGUGUACCGACCUCACGUCGUUCAUCAUAUCAAUCCUCUACCUGAGAAUAAGGCUCGUGAUCGAUUGAGUCGUCUCAAAAACAAGAGAUACUUCAGUGAGGAUGUGGGAUGA